UUAAUAAUUGAGAAGAAGAGAAAUUAACUCGCUUAAUCUAAAUUGUUGUUAAUUUGAUUUUGUUUUUUUUUUCUUCUCAUUGAUUGUCCACUUAAUUGUGACCAUUUAGUUGAUGAUCGUGAUAACCUGAUCUCUUCCGUUUUAAUAUUGUCAUAAAUUGGAUGAAGUUAAAAUAUGAGUAAAAAUAUAAUCCAGGGGCGUUAGUAAUUCUGAUUCUUGAUCAUCUUCAGUCAUCUUCCACCUUCUCCUGCUCUCCUAAAAAUACUUAAUACGUUCCACCCCCUUAAAUUGUUGGAAGAUAAUUUAGCUUAUAUAUAAAAAGGAAAAGAUGGAAUCCCGCCAAGCCCAGUUUGAAACUUGAAACGAUUCGGAUUCACUUCAAAUUUUCAUCUAUUCUCAACUCAUUCAGUGUUCUCAACACUUUCGUUUUAAUAACAAAAAAAUAUUCUAUUCUAUCUUUGGAACCUCCAGUGCCAAUUUAUAUUUUCUAUACUUUUAACAUUAUUUGUCUGUUCAAAUUUUUUCAACAACAACAAAAUGGAUUGUAAAAUGAUUUCCUUAUACAUUAUCUCUGGUUUAUUAGUUUCCGUUUCUGGUCAAUUCUUUAGUGGAGCAUCAGGUGGAUUUGGUUCUUCAGGAUCAUCAUUAUCUUCAGCUUUUGGUAAUUCUCUUUCACCUUUAUCUUCAGCCUUUGGUUCACUUUAUGGACUUUCCGGUUCAUCUGGUCAUGGAGGUUCAUUAGGUUCAGCUGGAUCAGCUGUCGGUGGUGCCGGUGGUUCAGCCGGAUCGGCAGGUUCAUCACUAGCCAGUCUUUAUGGUUCCCUACCAUCUUACUUAAGAUCACCUUCAUAUUCAUCUGGAUUAUCCUCAAGCCUUUACGGUUCAGCUUCACCAAUUUUCACCUCAUCAACCAGCAUUCGUCCACUUACCUCACCUUAUGGACCAGCCUCAGGUCUUUAUGGUUCAUCAGCUCUUUCCUCACUUGGAUCACCCUAUGGUUCAGCUUUCGGUUCAACCUCAGGUUUUGGUUCAUCAUCUUUUGGCUCAUCACCUUCAUAUGGUUCCGCUCUUACUGGUGCCUCAUUCGGCUCAGCUGGUACCGGUUCAUAUGGUGCAGCUCCAACCUCAUAUGGUUCAUCGUUUGCACCCUCUUAUGGUUCCCUCUCACCCUCAUCACUUUCAUCCUCAAGCUAUGGUCUCUCAUCCCUUGGGUCAUCUUACUCACCCUCAUAUCGAGGAGGAUCAAGUUUAAUUCCUGGCUCAUCUUAUUCAAGUCCAUUCUAUGGAGGACUUGGUUCAUCACCAUUAGCUGGAUUGGGACGAUAUUAAUUAUCCCUAAUCAACAAUUAGCUAAUUUCUAUUAUUAUCAAGGAUUCUUUUUAUUCUAAUACUUUAUUAAGUCUUUCACCUUUCCAAACACCUUUCCACCUUCAUCUAAUCACCAAUAUCAUCAUUAUCAUCAUCGACCCAUCGAUGUUAUAUCAUUAUCAUCAUUAAUUGUAAUGAUAAUGGUAACUCUUUGAUUCUAUUCUCAUAUAAUAUAAAUAUAAUCAAAAUUGUUUAAAUAAUAAUAAUAACUCUAAUAAUUGUUACUAUUAUUAUAACAUAUAUUGAUUUGAUUAUAAUAUCUCAAUGCUAUAAGAAAAAAUUACAAAUUAAUAAUGAAUUUUUUUGAUUAUCUCAUCAUCACCUCAUCCUAAUCAUCAUCAUCACCACCUCCAUCUUUACACCACUCAACAAAAAAUUAUGCUUUUUUUUAAUUCCAACCUUUGUAUUCAAUUAUUAUUAUUGUUAAUGUUGUUUUUUAGUCCAACUUUGAUUUUUUUUUUAUUCUUUACCUGGAUCCCUUUUAUUAACAUGUCUACAAUUAACUUGAUUAACUAUUGCACUUUUCUGCUCAUCUCAUCAAAUGUGCAAUCAAACAAGACAACAACUCAAUCAAUUACAAAAAGCGACUCAACAACAAUUCAUUGAGAGAAAUGAAACUGAAUUAAUCAACCUGAACUAUUAACAAUCAACCAUCAACUUGAUCAAACUAAAUUAGGUUUUUCCAGUAACAGUAUUAUUUUUGUUUACCCAACCCCCACUUAUUUAGAUUUAGACCCGAAACUACAAUUAACCUAAACAAUCAAAAGCAAUCGACAACAAUCAACAAUUAAAAAUAAUUAUUGUAAAUAAUUAAAAACAAAAACAUUGGACAAAAUGAUCAUAAUUACAAUAUGAAAACACAAAAAAUAACAAAAAAAAAAUCACUAAAAAACUAUUGAUUGAAAUUGAAUAAACUUUUUUUUUCUCUAAA